AGGGUCCUUUAGGCCUGGGAUUCUUGGAGCACUUCCUUGCACCUCCCCAUUCCUCAACCCUCCUCCUCCUGGAGCUCUCAGGGCUGGGCCGGUCUCCCAGUGAGGGGAGGGGCCGACCACGCCUCCCAGUGCUGACCUUCCUCCCCAAGUGCCUCCUGGGGGGCCAGUGCCACCAUUGGGGUGCUGGGGCAGCUGGGGGAAGGCCUCCCUCUUCCUCGGGCCUCCUGGGGCCCUCCGGAAGGGCCACUGCUUCCCUUCCAGGUUUUUCCCUGUGCCCUCCUCCUCCUGUCGGCCUCCUGUCCUGCCAGUUUUCUGCCUUCCUGCUGUGGCUGGUGGCCCCUGGAAGAUGCUGGGUGCUUGGGACCGUGGGGUUAGGCCCCCCGAAGAAGGGGCAGAUGCAGGGCCCCAGGGCUUCUCCGUGGACAAGACCUUCUUCUCCUCCCUUAAAGGCAUCCUGUUGGAAGCAGAGCUGGCCCUGACCUUCAUCAUCUUCAUCUGCUUCACGGCCUCCAUCUCUGCCUACAUGGCUGCAGCGUUGCUCGAGCUCUUCAUCUCGCUUGCCUUCCUCUUCCUCUACGCCACUCAGUACUACCGGAGCUUCGAAAGGCUCAACUGGCCUUGCCUGGACUUUCUCCGCUGUGUCAGUGCCAUUGUCAUAUUCUUGGUGGUCUCCUUUGCUGCUGUGACCUCCCGGGAUGGAGCUGCCAUCGCUGCUUUUGUUUUUGGCAUCAUCUUGGUCUCUGUCUUUACCUAUGACGCCUUCAAGAUCUACCAGACUGAGCUGGUACCCAGGGCCACUCAGGGGGACCAGCAGCAGUGACCAUGCAGCUACCUGGCUUCCAGACUCAGCCAGACAGAGGGACGGCACUACCCAGACACUCAGCCCCCAGCCCAGGGAGCUGAACUCCAGGCCUUCAGAGAUGGGCUGGCUCCAGGCAUACCCAGGACCAUCUGAGACCUGGCUCCCGAGAAAGAGCCAGCCAGAGAGAGGGUGUUGGGGGUGGAUAGGAAGAAGCUGGUGAUUCCAAAUUAAAAGAUUCUGAUCAUG